UUAAAUAGUUAUUGACUAGACUUUAUACUAGUAUAUAAAAAAAGUGAUAAACAUUUUAUGGAUUACCUAAUACCUAUUAUUAUUACUAAUAUGUUUAUGGAUUAUAACAAACUAGUGAUUAUGUGAACGAAAAAAUAUUUACACAUAUUAUACAAACAUUAUAUUACUACACAAAUAUAAAACAACUAGGGCAUCCCCUAGAAAAAACAUUUAUUAAAAUGUUGUUUAACGCGAUAACUGACGUACCGUUUAACGCGACAAAUAACACGGACUCAGUAUUUUGUCCGCAAAAUUUACACAACGAAAGUGACAUUGACAAACUGCUUAACUUUGACCCGGAUAAGUUUAAUUUCUCCAGGUGCAAUUUCAGUGAUGGUGAUGGGUCGUUGUGGUAUAGGCUGCCCGAUUGGAAUGUCGCCGUGAAAUCCCUGGCCAUUAUACCGGUGAUGAUUGUGGGCAUAUUUGGCAACCUCGCUGUUAUUGCGCUAAUAUUGAGGUUGCACGCCCUACGAAAAUCGCAUAUCAACUUGUUCAUUUUAAAUAUGGCUAUUGCCGAUUUACUCACUACAUUAUUUUGCCCCUGGGUAGCCCUGGUAAACAAUGUGUACCAAUUUUACGAGCUGGGACCUUUCAUAUGCCAAAUGGACGGCUUUGUUAAAAUGUUGUGUUUGCUGUCGAGUGUGUUAUCACUGAUGACGAUAUCCAUCGACCGAUACAUUGCAAUAUGUUAUCCAUUGAGGGGUCACAUGAAUCGGAAACAGUCGGGUAUCAUAACCACCGCCAUAUGGGCCAUAGCCAUCACCCUGGCCAGUCCACUAUGUUACUGGCGUAUAUACAAGCAGAGACAAUGGCUAGAUGUGCUGGAGACAUGGUGUCCCGAGGAUCAACAGGAGGUGGCUAAGUACUACUGGCUGUUCCUGAUGGUACCCCUUAUCUACUUCCCCCUGAUUGUCAUUACCAUCAUAUAUACGGUGAUCAUACGCCGGUUGGACGCACUGUCCCGGUCCCUGUCCAAAGUGGACCAGGUGCCCGUCAAACUCAAGCACCGGCAGAUACUGAUGAAAAUGCUGUUAACGUAUAUACUGACAGCCCUUAUCUGUUGGUUCCCAUUGCAAGUACUCGUCUAUUAUCGCCGAUUUCACUGGCAGUCAGAGUUAUUACCAAGGUGGUACCAAGAUAUUAGCUUUCUAGCACAGUUGUUUGCAUCGGCCAACUCAGCCAUCAAUCCGAUCGUCACUUUCCGCAAAAGUUUCUCCCAUUUAUUGCCGCAACUCUUUAUGCCAUCCGUGGGCACCGGUAGUAAUCGGGUGUCGCCGGGACAGGCGCUCAGGCACCAGCUGGACCUGGCGGUCAUCGACUGGAACGGGUGGGACGGGUCGCCCAACACUACACCGCCCAAUGGGGGUCUGAAAUCCCUGUCCACUAAUACGACACAGAGUUUCACGAAACAGAUUAUUAUGAAGAGAGCGCCGGAAAUAUACUUUAGGGACGAGUCGUAAGAAUAUUCUGUCGUUUUUAGGAUAUAGGAUAGGGUUUUGUAAUUGUUUUCUACUUUUUUGUGAUAAUAAAUUGAAUUUUUAUUUAUACAA